AUGCCAUUGUUUCAAUGCAGGCACGGCAAAUCGACCCAGCCGCUGCGCAGGUCGCGAGGCGCCACCUCAAACCAGAUCAUCGAGAUACCUCCCGAGAAGAUAACAGUGGCCUUACUUUGUGCCCUUGCCGAGGAAUCCGUCGCAGUUAGGUACGGUCUGGACGAAAAGCUCAGCUGUACCUACAAAACCAUCGGCCCCAAGAACUAUGUAUACUCGUUUGGCCGUAUCGGUGAUCACAAUGUCGUCUUAGCUCGACCUAGCCAGAUGGGCCCAAUCUCAGCCGCCCUAUGUGCAGCUACCGUCAAUCAACAAUUUCCAAAUGUCCGAUUUGCUCUGGUAGUCGGCAUCGGAGCCGGCAUUCCUGAUGUCCCCAAACGCGACAUUGGCUUAGGCGAUAUCUGUGAUAGGGGCUUAGAUAUAAGGGCUUGGAACAAAUUCGUAUUCAGCUAA